UACAGGAGGCGGCAGAUCCUGCGUUUAGCUGUGACGGUGUAAACAUCAGGUUAUCUUCCGCCGGUUCUUAGGGCGCAGCGCCGAGGCGGAGACCCGGACAAAGCAGCUGGGCGCCGCGGUGGAGGAGGCGGUGAGGCCGCGACGAGGCCUCCGACAGGCGGACGCGAACCUGGAGGACAGAACGCUGAGGGGAGGCGGCAGCGGCAGGAUGCGCAACUUCCACUGUUGGAUACAAACAUCACCUGGCAGCAGGUUCGUCCUCUCGACGUGACCGGCCGAGCGCCGAGGAGCUUCCUGUAGGCGGGGGAAAUGACAGACGGCUGCCUCCUCGCUGACUGACGAUGCUGCUGGGUUAGAUAAGCCCGACCGAGAGGAGCCUCACCUCCGGACCCCGCGAACGCAGGAAGGCAGAGUCGGUUUUGUUCCAGCACAGCCAUGCUGAUCAAGGAGUACCGGAUCCCCAUGCCGAUGAGCGUGGAGGAGUACCGCAUCGCUCAGCUCUACAUGAUCCAGAAGAAGAGCAGAGAGGAGAGCUGUGGUGAGGGCAGCGGAGUGGAGAUCCUGGAGAACAAGCCUUACGAGGACGGCCCGGGAGGGUCGGGUCAGUACACUCACAAGGUUUAUCACAUCGGCAAACACAUCCCAUCCUGGUUCUGUGCCAUCCUCCCUCAGGCCGCCCUUCGUGUGGAGGAGGAGUCCUGGAAUGCUUACCCCUAUACACGAACCCGAUAUACUUGUCCAUUUGUUGAGAAAUUCUCCAUAGACAUUGAGACGUAUUACAAACCAGACACUGGAAAUCAAGCAGAUGUCUUCAAUCUAUCCUCCGCUGAAAAGAGACAGAGGACUGUCGACCCUAUAGACAUCGUGAAGGACUACAUCCCUCCCCAUGAAUACCUGGUGGAAGAAGACCCCAAGCUGUACCAGUCAAUCAAAACCAGACGGGGCCCGUUGUCAGAGGACUGGAUCGAGGAGAUCAACCACAACCCUGGGAAGUCCGUCGUCAUGUGCGCCUACAAGCUCUGCAAGGUGGAGUUCAGAUACUGGGGCAUGCAGUCCAAGAUCGAGCGCUUCAUACACGACGUAGGUCUCCGCAAAGUGAUGGUCCGAGCCCACCGGCAGGCGUGGUGCUGGCAGGAUGAAUGGUACGGUCUCACCAUCGAGGACAUCAGGCAGCUGGAGCUGGAAACCCAGCUAGCGUUAGCCAAGAAGAUGGCGCAAUACAGCCUGAAUGAGGAGGGGGGAGCAGAGACCAAUGGCUCCUCUGUUAGCCAAGAUCAGGAGCAGCCGGGAGAGAACCUGGGGUCAGCUGCAGAAGUCGAGGGAACGCGCGGAAAGCUUGGAGAUUCUCUAGAGACGCGAGGAGAGCUCACCAAGCAGUGGUCCACCUCUUCCAGAUCGUCCAACAGGUCUUCAAAGAGAGGAACGAGUCCGUCUCACCACAGCAUUUCAGAGUGGAGGAUGCAGAGCAUUGCCCGGGACUCUGACGACAGCACUGACGACGAGUUCUUUGAUGCCCACGAGGACCUGUCGGAUAACGAGGACAUGUUCUCCAAGGAAAUCACCAAGUGGAGCUCUAAUGAUCUCAUGGACAAGAUCGAGACAACAGAAGUGGAUGAAGCACAAGAAGCGUAUCAGGAGUCGAGUGAGGAGUACAGCGUCACUGAGGACACCCAGAUGGAGGACUGUCCGUCCCAGCAGUGUCCCCAGCCGUCCAAAAUCCACGUCCUCAUUCUGGUCCUGCAUGGUGGUAACAUACUGGACACCGGCUCUGGUGAUCAGAACAGCAAGCAGGGAGACGUGAACACUCUCAGUGGGGCUUUUGAGACCGUGAUGAGGGUCCACUACCCUGCGGCGCUCGGACGCCUCACCGUCCGGAUGGUCCCCUGUCCUGCUGUUUGCGUCGAUGCCUUCUCACUCGUCUCCAAUCUGAGUCCGUACAGCUACGAUGAGAGCUGUCUGUCCAGCAGUCAGGACCACAUCCCGCUCGCUGCUCUGCCUCUCCUGGCUACAUCUGCGCCGCAGUACCAGGACGCCGUGGCAACGGUCAUCCUAAGAGCCAAUCAGGUUUACAGUGACUUCAUCAAGUCUCCAGAAGGAGCUGCUUUCAGUGGCCAGGUGUGUGUCAUUGGGGACUGUGUGGGAGGGAUCCUGGGCUUUGACGCGCUCUGCAGCAGCUCUGUGACGGUCUCAGAAAGCCAGAACAGCAGCAGGCGGGGCAGCACCAUCAGUGUCCAGGACACAGAACUUCUCUCUCCUGGUAUCAUCAUAAACAGCAUCUCCCCGUCGUCGCCGUCCCUCGAAGGCAGCCGCCACCUGAGCCGCAGCAACAUUGACAUCCCGCGCAGCUCGGGGCCCGACGACCCCAAGAAGCAGCUGCCGCGCAAGCGCAGCGACUCCUCCACCUACGAGCUGGACACCAUCAAGCACCACCAGGCCUUCCUCUCCAGUCUGCACUCCAGCGUUCUCCACGGGGAGCCCGGGUCACGGCGCUCCAGCAACAGCACCAUGCUGGACGGCGGCUCCCUGGGGAAGUUCGACUUCGAGGUGACCGACUUCUUCCUGUUCGGCUCUCCUCUGGGGCUGGUGCUGGCGCUGAGGAAGACCGUGGUCCCCUCCUUAGACGUGUCCGCCCUGCGUCCAGCCUGUCAGCAGGUCUACAACCUGUUCCACCCAGCCGACCCGUCCGCCUCCCGCCUGGAGCCGCUCCUGGACAAGAGGUUCCACCUGCUGCCCCCCUUCAGCAUCCCUCGCUACCAGCGCUUCCCCCUGGGGGACGGACACUCGGCUCUGUUAGUGGACACCGUUCAGAGCAACCCGCAGCUGCUGAUGGAGCCCGGCGGAGGGCCGUCCCAGCGUUGCCAUGACAGCCCCGCCAGCGAGACGUCCAUCCUGGUUCCGGUCCUGAACUCUCAGACCUCUCUGGUCCAUGGUGACGCUGACUCUCUGCAGUCUCAUCUCCAUGCCGAUGGUCUGUGUCUGACCUCCACAUCGCCGGGAGUCCCCCACCUCCGCUGCAGCCGCAGGGCCAGUGAGGCCAGCCUGGCCAGCCAGGUGUCGGGCCUGGCCGACUCCUACACAGCCACCAACAUCGCCACCACAAACAAAAUCCACUGUAAGAGGCCCAGCCUGCUGUCGCAGCUGCCGCUGCCGCACAGUAGAUUCACCUCUCGAAGCGCGACUAUUCGCUUGCACAGCAAAAUCCGUCAGGUGUUCCCGAGAGCUAACGGUGUGGAGUCUGAGCCGAGCUCAGACCCUAGCUCUGACAUGACCUCUGACCUCACCGAUGUCACAUCUGACAUCACAGACCUCAGCUCGGUGCCCCCGUCGCCCCGGCUGCUGAAGAACAUAGAGCAAGUUGCGUCGCGGUGGUGGGGCAGUAAGCGCAUGGACUACGCUCUGUACUGUCCCGACGCUCUGACGGCGUUCCCCACCGUGGCUCUGCCGCAUCUCUUCCACGCCUCCUACUGGGAGUCCACAGAUGUCGUCUCAUUCCUUCUCAGACAGGUAAUGAGACAUGAGAACUCGAGUAUUUUGGAGCUGGACGGUAAAGAGGUGUCUGAGUUCACGCCCUCCAAACCUCGGGAGAAAUGGGUUCGCAAGAGGACGCACGUAAAAAUACGAAACGUGACGGCUAACCACCGCGUGAACGACGCCGUCUUCACGGAGGACGGGGCGCAGACAGUGACGGGACGCUUCAUGUACGGACCUCUGGACAUGGUCACUCUCACCGGGGAAAAGAUCGACAUCCACAUCAUGACCCAGCCUCCGUCCGGGGAGUGGGUCUACUUCGACACGGAGCUGACCAACAGCAGCGGACGCGUCUCCUACGUCAUCCCAGCUAAGAAGCGACUGGGCAUCGGGGUGUACCCUGUCAAAAUGGUGGUCAGAGGCGAUCACACGUUUGCAGACAGUUAUCUCACCGUCGUACCCAAAGGGACAGAAUUCGUCGUUUUCAGCAUCGACGGCUCGUUUGCUGCCAGCGUGUCUAUCAUGGGAAGCGACCCCAAGGUUCGGGCCGGAGCCGUGGACGUGGUGAGGUACUGGCAGGACCUGGGCUACCUGAUCGUGUACGUGACGGGCCGGCCUGACAUGCAGAAGCAGCGUGUGGUGGCCUGGCUCUCCCAGCACAACUUCCCUCACGGCGUGGUGUCCUUCUGCGACGGCCUCGUUCACGACCCGCUCAGGCACAAGGCCAACUUCCUCAAGUGUCUCAUCAGUGAGGCCCACAUGAGGAUCUUUGCUGCCUACGGCUCCACCAAGGACAUCUCCGUGUACUCGUCCAUCGGCCUGCCCCCGUCUCAGAUCUACAUCGUGGGAAGACCAACGAAGAAGAUGCAGCACCAGUGCCAGUUCAUCCCAGACGGCUACGCCUCCCACCUGUCCCAGCUCGAGUACAACCAAAGGUCUCGGCCGGCCAAGUCCACCUCCACCCGCAUGGUCCUGAGGAAGGGUAGCUUCGCCCUCGGGGCGGCCGGAGGGGAUUUCCUCCGCAAGCGCAGCCACAUCUUCCGCACCAUCUCCUCCCAGCAGCCAGGGGGCUCCGGCAGCCAGCCGGUACGGACCGAGCGCACGCUGAGCCAGUGCGAAGGAGAGCGCGAGCGCUCGUUCGCCGCCGCAACCCAGAGGAGCAUGAGCAUAGCGGCGGGUUGCUGGGGCCGCGGCAACAAGGAGGGGCCCAAGUGAAGUUUAUGCAGGGAGCCAGAGACGUUCCGUGAUCUCUGGACGGGACAAAGACCCGGACGGACCGGGUCGCAGGUCUGUAGGGAGGCAGAGACCAAAACAUUCUGUAGCAUGAUCCUCUUACCAUCAGACUUUUAUAGGACGCAUCAUGUAAAAAGAAAAUGAAAUAUUAUAAGCCUUAAAUUCUAACGGGACCGCCUCCUCUCUGUCCCGGCAUUCACGCUCAUGAGCUCAGGACUGUUUGAUCCUCAAUCGAACACAAGUCUGAUCCAAGAGGUGUCUGACUUUUCUCCUCAUCUUCUGCUCCACCGUCUCUGACAGCAUGCCGCCACGGCAUCAAGGCGAGAAGAGGCAGAAACACAGAUAAAUCAUAAAACGGUUCAAAUCAAAACACAAAAGCAGAUAGUUUUGGUUUAUUUUGUAACAUACAUGAAGAGGAACAAAACUUUAUUGCCCCUUUUAUUCCCAACUAUAGAAGGAAAUAAAAGUUUUAUCUCUAGGGUAUCUGUCAUGAGUACUAAGCUCCAGAAACACUUUUUUUUUUAAAUCUUUGAGUCAUAAAAUUAUAGUCAUAAAUAUGAUAAAUGUCACAUAUAGUUUAUCCUGUUGGAGCCUGCUUGUUUCCUAAAGACGGAAAAAACACUAAAUCUUACCAAUUAAGUAUCUUAGUACACUUGAAAUAAGACUAAAUAACUUAAAUAUAACACUUUAGCAAGGUAAAUAAGUCAAUCAUUUUUGCAUAUAAAUAAAAACUACUAGUUCCACUGGAAGAUUCUUCUUAAACAUUUAGUGAAAAAAAUCACAAAUAUUUAGCUUCAACUUGCUAAUUACAUUCUUAGGAAGCUAAAUAUUUAGUGUCAAAGAACUUCAGAAAGGGGGCGCAGUGGUGGCGCAGGGGCAAAGCACAACCCAUGUAUUGAGGCCUUAGUCCUCAUGCUGGUGGUCACAGGCUCGAUUCCCAGCCUGCUGCAUGUCCUCCCCUCCCUCAUAACCCUCCUUCCUGUCAAACUACCUUCAAAUAAAGGCCACUAGAGCCAACAAAACCUUAAAAAAAAGUACUUCAGAAAGAGUUAGCAAGCUCAAAAUUAAGUUGGCUAACUAGAUGUAAUUUGAAGCUAAAUUUUGUUUUAAGUGACAAUAAGCUAUCAGUGAACAUUUAUGGCUGCAUUUAUUUCAUUUGGUAAUGUCUAGCCGUUGCUAGUGAAGGUUGGAUAGAAAACUUGUAGAGCUUGUAUUGCUAACACAGCUAGCAUAUCCAGUUAGCAACAAUUAGCAAAUCCAAUUUUUGGAACAUGAUUAAAAUCUGAUCCAGUUCUGACUUCAGAGAUAAAAAUACAUCAAAAAUCAAACCAAAACUCUCUGCUUUUCUACACACUAAAAGGAAAAAAAAAGUAUAAUUUGGAAGUUUGGUUAAUGGACUGUGUCGUAUCUAGUCCCAAUUCCAGAACAGGAUUGUUUGUCGUCCUUAUAUUUUUUUCAGUACACAUUACAGGACAGCUGUAGUUUUUAUUCCUUUUCCUUUCAGCGUGGCCUUUUGGCCACAAAAGGCCUUAAAAUCCCACAAGACACUGACUCCACAGCGAGAACAGGAAGCAGAAAAACAGGGCAUGCAGCAUUAAAGCACCAACUGAACUCUGUACAGUCCACAGCAACUAUCCCUUUAUAUAACCAUCUGCUUGCAAUACCUCGGACCCACCUGCUGGUGGCGCUCUGCGACCUGUAGCCGGGAGUCAGACAGACGGCGUUUCCAAGCUUUGUGCUCUUUUUGUGUUUCCACGUUAUGGACUCAGUGUUGCUGAUCGAGGACGAUGACAUGUGAAGCAGGAGUAGUUUUUAUUGCACCAAAAUGGCCGAAGAAUGCGUGGAAAUGUUUCAGCCUGAAUGUUUCGUGGUGCGUUCAGGGGUGAAUGUUGAGGUUGGGAGGAUACGCCUCGUACCUCUCCUUCGUCUAAGACGACGUAUUAUGGGUUUUGCUGCUUUUCUUCUACUAAAAUGUAGAUUUUCAUGCAAAAUGGACUUUUGAAAAGAAGACAUGUCAUGUCUGAUCCAGGAAGCCAGAGUGGACGAAACGGAUGAUGAGUUAAAGGAAGGCUCUGUAGACAACAGUCAGCUGACAGCAACAGUCAGGUGCCUGAAUGGAGACUGAAAUCAGCUCAGUUUGGGUCAGAUGUUCAUCUUGCUUUAAAAGUUAAACAUGUCCUGAGCACAAAAUGUGCUUCCAUUUUAAGUGAUGGAGGAGAAAUUGCCUCAGUAGUGAGUCAAAUUUUAAAACUAGAAAGAUUUGCGUUUCCUGCGAAAAUGCAGCGCGACUGCUGUAAGCAGAAUGCUUUCGGUGAAAACUGCAGAAGCAUUUGUUGUCCGCUGCAGAAAACUUGCACAAAUGUAAAAAAAAAAAGCAGAAGCAGUGGGAAAACAGCAAGACAGUCUGCAAGAAUAUAGAAAUUGUUUUUUUGAAAAUGAGUGGAAACUUAAGUCAAUGCUAAAAAGUUCCAGAUAAGAGUUUCAGAUGCUGUUACAGAACACUGUUUAUAAAGCAAACCUAUAAGGUAUAAAGCUCAGAGUGCAGUCAGAGCAGAAUGUAGCGAUGAUUUUAACUAAUAUACUACAGGUUGUGGUUUACUAAAUAUGUUUUGCAAUAUUAAGUUACUCAUUUAGUUUGCAAACAGCAUUAUUUAAGCUAAAAUGCAACAGCUAGCUAAAAUAUUUAUAAUAGCAUGAAAGCUACCACUACAUGUUGACAUGGAGUAACAAAGUCCAUUCAGAAUAAAAAAUCAUAUGUAAAAGCUAAAAUUAGCCAAACUGCUAAUGCUAGCUAAAAUGCUCUCAAUAGCGAGUGGACUAUCACCAACAUGUUAAUUAACAUCAACUCACUCCAUUCAGUCUAUUUUUUAGCUUUUAAAUGAAAAUGUGCUAAAAUGCUACGUUAUUAAAGAGGGCUAGCUCUAGCAAGUUGAUCUAUGGUAGCAUAUUCUGUUCAAUAUACAGAAACCCAUGUUGGUAAUGAUAGCAACAUGACAGUGUUACCUAACAUGUUGGCUAACAUUAGCUUAAUCCACUCAGAACAUCAAAAUGAGCUAAAAGCUAAUGUUUGCUUCAAUGUUAUUAUCAUGUUAGCUUUCACUAGGAUGUUGUUUAAACUUAACUUUGUCCAUUCAGUAAGUUAACUUUGGUUUUUAAGCCGAAAUCGGGUAAAAAUGUAAUAAAUGCUAUUAUAAUCAUGUUGAUUUAUGCUAGCAUGUUGGAUAACAUUGACUUAAUCCAUUAAGUAAGGUAGGUAGCUUUAGUUUUUAGGUCAAAAUUAGCAAAAUAGUUCAUGUUAGCAACCGUGCUAUCUUUAUCAUGCUAGCUUGCUAUUUCCUGUAGACGAACCCAUACACGAUUAAGAUUAUUCAAUUACUUAAAAAUGUAAUUUGCCAGAUGUAGCCAUAGCUUUUUAACAAAUUGUUUCAAUAUUUCAUUAUUUCAUUAUCAACUGCUGUUUCAAUAUUUUGGAGUGCUAACGGUAAUGACCCUUUAAAAUAUUUCCUUUUCACCCUCGCUUAGACUGGAAGUGCAUUCAAGACACAGGUGUUUAAAAAUGAGGACCUGACUGUAUUUCAGUUCAAUUCAUAUAAUCUGGAUUGAACUGGAUUAGCUGACUAAAGAGUCCUUCCAUCCAGCCUGUGGGAGUUUUUGAAAGCUCUUGUCUGUUUCCACUCUGUGUGACCAACGAUGUCUUCAUCCCACAACAAAAGCCAAAAUCAUUCUCUAAUACUGUAGUGAAUCAACUAUUUAACCUCAUUGUUUCUUUUUGCACUAGUUUUCAGGAGCGUAUGUAGUAGUUAUUGUUUAUGUCACUGUUUUUGACUGUAGUGAAAUUUCCCCAUUGAUUUCUGCCAGGGUGAGAAACUCACUGUGUGUGUUUUUGCGUAGAAAGGAAAACGGUGUCAGUAUCAUGAACGUGCCAAACUGUGGCUGUAGAUGAAAACAGGAAGAUUCAGACCAAGAAUUUUAAAAUACGGCUCAGUGCAACCAAAAUCAGACGACAUCUUUUAGGUAUUCAUGUCGUUAAUCUUUUCCGGUCCUCAGGACUACAUUUCCCAUAAUGCUUUCAAAGUAAAGUUCCAGAAGUUUACAUACCCUCGUGAUGAAUUUAGAGCUUGUAAUCAUUUAACUGAACCAUUUUUUAAAUAAAUUAAGAGUAGCCUUUUAAAAGAAACUUAAUUGGAAAAAUAAAUUACGCUAUAAACUUAUACUUUAUAUUUAUAAUAGUCACAAAGUGACCAUUCAUGGACACAUUAGGUUGUUAAUUGUUAUAAUUCUCAGGCAAAUAUAUGAUAAUCCCAGCGACAGUGCAGUAAUUUUAGACCUGUUGUUCUGACAGGACAUUUGCCAGUAAGAUUCGUAAAAGAAUAAAUCAGAAAACAACAUGAGCUUCUUAAAGUUGUGGAUUAGGCAUGGGCCGGUUAACAAUGUCACAGUGUAGCAAAGUACAAGUAAAAAUAAAACUAACAUUUUUUUUUAGUUGCCAAUGGUACAGUAUCAGCCGAUAUUAAUAGUUUGAAUAGUUUUUUACCGUAUUGAUCCAAUAAAUAAAACUGGCCCGA